GACCCUCUUCGCUAAAAUCUUUGCUGGCCAAAGAUCAAACCUCUACUGUUCGACCUACUCACCCCAACAAUUGCACCCACGACUAGUAUCCUCAUCACCAUGCGUCUCUCAAUCAUAUCUCUCUUUUUCCUCGGUCUUUCCUCCAUCGCGUUUGCAGCACCUAGACCUAUGGAAUCGAACCUGGAAGGUGCUACUCCCGGUUCUUCACAAGCUCAGGAUGCGAAAGCUUUACCGGUUCACGUUGCUCUCGCGUGGGAUCUCCCAGUAGGGAAGAAAUUCCCAGUCCCACAAGGUUCAGGAAUCCAACAAAACAUCCAGAACGGAGUCAGAAAGUUUUUUGGUGACAAAAAAGUGGGCGAAGCACUGGGCGUCACGGGAAAACUGGAGGCUACACUCCCUGUGGGCGAAUGUGAAUACUACGCCCCCAAAGCUAAUUCUGGACAAAUUACGGUCCAAGUUUCAUUUGGAGGUUUAGAGAUCUGCGGAGGCACUUGUACUGCCACGGUGGUCAUUGGUGUUCGUCCGGGCGGCGACUCUAGGGUCCAAGGCAAAAUCUAUAAUUCGGCGAAUGAGAUCAUUUUUCCAUUCAUCCUCAAGAAAGGGACAUCAGAGAGUGGAGAGCAGUAGGAAAAAUCGCGUCCGUCGUGGAGUUUCAAGCGCAGGGUCCAGAGCCUGUAGGCUGGAUUUAGAUAGGGCGACGUGCGGGGCUUGCUGUGCUGCAUUAGUGCACGAUGUGCUCUGUUGUGCUGUAUAUUGAAUGAACGAUCAAUGCUUAUUCAGUUUUGUUUUACCCGGUUGCGCGUCUUCAGAGAAUCUUUCGCUAUCACUCUCAGUUUCUGCGCAUCCAUUAUUCAAUGCACAUGAACAGCAUUGGUGCCAACAUUUGAGGAAUUGCGGAAGCUUAGCCAAAGAUCGAAAUUUUUCUGUCCAGAUAGUACGUCGUAUUCCACCCAC